UUUCAAAGUUAACUUUAUUACCCAUAAUACAUACUUCUAAAAGAAUGCCAGAAUAGCUGAAUUCAUACACUUCACAAAAAUUUAUUGAGUUCCUCUUCUUUGUAGGUGCACUAGGAGAAAUCACACAGUUCCCUACCUCAAGGCUCUCACAGCAAACAAAUCUAAAAAAAUGAUCAAACUGUAUACUUAACAUUUGUGUACUUUAGGUAAAUUAUACCUCAAUAAAAAUAUAAAUAAAACCAAUUUUGCUAUAUGCUAUGGGCUUUUAUAGGUCAAGAAAAUUGAUCUUUGGAUUCUCAUAACACAUUUUUUUAAACAGGUUACUUAUUUUAGAUAUUUAUUUUUCCCUGAGUAGAAUGGAUUAAUUACAAUUAAUGACAUUGGAUCAGUCUUGCCUCUUUUAAGCACAGGCCUUUACUGUAAUCUGCUUCCAAACAAUCCCAAUAAAAUCAUUGAUUUUAAGAGUCAAAAAGUUGCUCAGAGCCUUCUUCAGGGACUCUUAACUUUUUCUGCCACAUGGAUCCUUUGAAACUCUGAUAAAAGCAAAGCUAUAGACUUCCUCCCUGGAAAUAUACACAUGCACCAAGAUUUUGGGAUAAACACAGCACUGAAAACCAUGCAGGGACCCACUUAGGAACCCAAAGAUCUCAAAUUAAGAUCCACUGAGAUAACACAAUCCUUUUCCUCCAGAUGAAAACAAUAGACCCAGGGAGAGAAAACAACCUGUUUAGGGGCUGAAGACAGAACCCAGCCUUCUGAUACUGUUUACUCCACUGUCUCUUUAGAUAUCAUUAGGUUCCCUUGGCCCCAAAAACUCCCAUCUGUGGAUCCCCUGAGUUUAGAAGAACUUCCAUAGUACCUUGUAGACUACCUUUUAUAAUUGGAGUCACACCAGAAGCUGGUCAAAGUUUACCUUUUACUUAUUGGAGAACAACAGGUACAAAGGAGAGUUCCUUAUAUUAAAUUGGGACAUUUUUCUCUUUUUUUCCUCAAAACCGCUAAUGGAAUUGAAAAUUAAAAUCCAGCAAUAAAGGGUUUUCUUUUUAGUUUAAUGAAAUCAACUCUAAAAUUUGCUUUUAUUUAUACUCUGAAAUUUAAACUUUGUUCUUCGUUGAUCUUUAUAAAAUCGGAAAGAUUGAACUUACACUUUGCUCUGUGAAUCUUUCAAUGGUUUGUGACCAAACAAUAAAUUUCAACCCGACCCAGGAAAUUUCUGCGACUUGUGCCCACUCAGUUUUGCAGUUUGGAACAGAAUUCUUGCUCCCAAUCCAAAUAGAGACUGAGAGAAAUGAAAGAGGACCCAGAAAGCCUUUUCUUCUCUGUGAAAGGCCUGAUCCUAAGUGGAGCAAUCAAUAAAGAAAAGGGUUCAAGCUGCAGCCUACAAAUUUCUUAGAGUUUAAUGUGUUCAGGAUGAGGUGGAGAAAUUACAUAAACCUGUGAAUAGACAUGGAAUAGAAGCCAUGUGUAUACGCAUUCUGUCCCUAAAGGUUUUGCAAGGUACUUACUAAGCUAUUCCUUCUGUGCAAUCAUCUUUUGUUUUUCUACUUGCAUGGAUGAAAGCCUACCUUCACUGAACACUUCACCUUAUGUGCCAGCUAUUGUUCUAAACCCAUUACAUUAUUUAAUCUUCACGACAAUUCUUUAAGGUAGUCUUAUUACUAUGCCCAUUUUAGAGAUGAGCAAACAAGUUUUCAGGGGUUAAGAAAUUUGAGCAAGUUCACAUUAACUUGUAAAUCACGAAAUUGAGCAUCAGAUACAAGCAUCUGGCUGCACUUCCUGAGUUUGUACGUCCUACUCUCAUAAAACAAAUAGAGAUACAUUGAAGACAGAAAGAAUACUGUUGGCCGAUUCCUCAGGCAAUAAUUUUUUCGAUAUUGUAUUGUCACAGAAACCUCCAGCCUCUCUCAUUGAUGGACGGCAGGAGAGGCACAUGGAGUGGACCAGUUUAUAGCAGUAACGAGGCUGACGGGAAGACAGGGCAGGAGUGGGGUGGGGGCGUGCUUUUCGAAGCGUGUCGGGGGAACGAGAAGGCGCGGGUCGUAGGGGUCUCCCCUCUCUGCAGUCCCAGCAUGGCUCCUGGACCUCUCUGGGCGGCUGUUGACCCCGACAUCGCGGCGGCCCGCCCCCAGCGCCGCGCUGCCCAAUCAGCGGCGCGGCCUGGUGCCCCGCCACUCCGCGCCGGCCAUAUAGGCCUUCUCCUGGCGCGCCUCCGCACCGCAUUGGUGGACCGGCUCCCGGCCCGUCCAUGGGCGUUGUGGCCGCCACCGCAGGUUCCGCCUCCCGUUCCCUCCGCCCUCAACGUACGUCGCACCGCCUCUCUGUAGCCGCCCGCGGAGCAUCGCAGCCGGCUCGGGCCCCCGCCAGCCUCCCUCCUCGCGUCCCUCGGUGUCCUCCGCGGGCCGGCGCGAUGCGGCUGGGCCCGAGGACCGCGGCUUUGGGGCUGCUGCUGCUGUGCGCCGCGGCGGCCGGCGCCGGCAAGGCCGAGGAGCUGCACUACCCGCUGGGCGAGCGCCGCAGCGACUACGACCGCGAGGCGCUGCUGGGCGUCCAGGAAGAUGUGGAUGAAUAUGUUAAACUCGGCCACGAAGAGCAGCAAAAAAGACUGCAGGCGAUCAUAAAGAAAAUAGACUUGGACUCAGAUGGCUUUCUCACUGAAAGUGAACUCAGUUCGUGGAUUCAGAUGUCUUUUAAGCAUUAUGCUAUGCAAGAAGCAAAACAACAGUUUGUUGAAUAUGAUAAAAACAGUGAUGAUACUGUGACAUGGGAUGAAUAUAACAUUCAGAUGUAUGAUCGUGUGAUUGACUUUGAUGAGAACACUGCUCUGGAUGAUGCAGAAGAGGAGUCCUUUAGGAAGCUUCACUUAAAGGACAAGAAGCGAUUUGAAAAAGCUAACCAGGAUUCAGGUCCCGGUUUGAGUCUUGAAGAAUUUAUUGCUUUUGAGCAUCCUGAAGAAGUUGAUUAUAUGACGGAAUUUGUCAUUCAAGAAGCUUUAGAAGAACAUGACAAAAAUGGUGAUGGAUUUGUUAGUUUGGAAGAAUUUCUUGGUGAUUACAGGUGGGAUCCAACUGCAAAUGAAGAUCCAGAAUGGAUACUUGUUGAGAAAGACAGAUUCGUGAAUGAUUAUGACAAAGAUAAUGAUGGCAGGCUUGAUCCCCAAGAGCUGUUACCUUGGGUAGUACCUAAUAAUCAGGGCAUUGCACAAGAGGAGGCGCUUCAUCUAAUUGAUGAAAUGGAUUUGAAUGGUGACAAAAAGCUCUCUGAAGAAGAGAUUCUGGAAAACCCGGACUUGUUUCUCACCAGUGAAGCCACAGAUUAUGGCAGACAGCUCCAUGAUGACUAUUUCUAUCAUGAUGAGCUUUAAUCUCCAAGCCUGUCUCAGUAGAGUACUGGCUCCUUUUAUAAUUUGUUACCAGCUUUACUUUUGUGAUAAAAUAUUGAUGUUGUAUUUUACACUCUUAAGUCUUAACCACAGUCAGAAUUAUCUUAAUGUAGAUUAUAAUUUUGGUCUUUUAGGAAAAAAAACAAAAAUCUGAUAUUUAUUUCAAAACGUAUUGAAGCAACAAAACAUUAAUAUUGUGCCAUAUGACAACAAAGUCUUUCCUAAAUACUCCAUCUGUUUAGUACUGUAUUGUGGAAUAUUUGAGUUCUAUUUCCAUACUUGAAAACAUGGAGGAUUUUAGAGAUGCCUGAACAAUAUUAUUUAAGUAGUAUGUGACUGAGCUAUAAAUUUUUAUUUUUGUUCUAAGUAGAUUUAAUUUGGGAACUGACAGGACAAUGUUUUUAGGUUUAGCAUUUUGUUUAAAAACCUUUAAAGAAACCUUUAGAAGAACUUAGACCUCACAUAUUAAUGUUGAGAAGUUCUGCUUAAUUUUAAAAUGGUUUCUAUAAAGGGUUUUAUUGUAUGAAAUAGAACUUUAUAUUUUUGCAUAUGUAUAGAUAGUAAUUAUAUUUAAUGUAUAACUAUAGCAUUAUGGUGAGUGGAAUUUGACAUUGUCCAAACCUUUUUCAUUUUUGAGUGAUUAAAAAUGAAAUGUCCUAUCUUUUUA